GAACUGUUGACAGAUGGGCAAAAAAAGAGAUUGGUUUUGGUUUGUGAAGAAAGCUUUGACCCCUGAGUCCAAGAAAGAUCAGAAGGAAAGUUCAAAAUCAAAGAAAAAAUGGCAAAGCAAAACCAAGGAUUCGGAGCCUGCAGUUCCUUUGCCUCAAGAAACUGAAACGGAAACAAAAACUGAAGAGCCUGAACCUCCUCCCUCUGAAGAUGCCAAACCAGCGGAAGCUGAAAAUGAGCCUAAAAGACACACCCACUUCAUCGCUCUUGCCACCGCUAUGGCUGCUGCCGCCGCGGUCGCAGCUUCUAAGGCGACUGCUGAGGCUGUUCGCGUCGCUUCUUUACAACGCAUAUCGUCGGAGAGAACGGCUGCUACCAAGAUUCAAACUGCAUUUCGCGGAUACUUGGCUCGGAAGGCAUUGCCAGAAUUGAGAAGGUCGGAGAGAUUGAAAUCAAUGAUAGAAGGACAAUCCGUGAAAGAGCAAGCGAAAUCUGCAUUAAGAUGCAUGCAAACAAUGGGUGGAGUGCAGUCCCGGAUUCGUGGAAUGAGGCUUAGAAUGUUGGAAGAGAACCAAAUUCUUCAUCACCACCUUCAACAGAAACGCCACAAAGAGCUUGACAAGUUUAAUGCCUCUAUGGGAGGAGAGUGGCAUGAUGGUAGAAAGUCGAAGGAGCAAUCUGAAGCAAUAAAGCAGUAUAAGCAAGAAGCUGCUAUGCGAAGGGAAAGAGCUUUAGCUUAUGCCUUCACUCGCCAGCGAUCAUGGAAGGUCUCUUCUAAAGCAGCGAAUCAAACAUUAAUGGAUCAAAAUACUCCCCAUUGGGGAUGGAGUUGGUUAGAGCGAUGGAUGGCAGCUCGACCCUGGGAUAUCCCAUGCUCAUCACCUAACAGCGCCUCCGUCAACACUUUGGUCUCCCCUUCCAUCUCUAACAACGAUAAUAAGCCAUCUCCAACACCCUCAAAACCAACCCCUCCUCCGCCGUCCAAGAUACCUUCCUUUUCAUCACUUUCCAGUCAAAUUAGACAGCCAAGUCCAAGGGGGACACCACCAGGAGGCGUCGAGUGCUCGACACCGGAUCGUGACCGGAGACGACAAAGCAGCAUUGGAGGUUUUUCAUCUGCGAAAGACGAUAAGAGCGUUGGAAGCUCGGCGGAGAAGGCGCCGUCGUGGAUGAAGCAAGUCAGAGCGUCCCAGUUGUCGAGAUCUUUGAAGCAUGAUAGGAUACCGGAGAAGGGAUUGGCCGGCACUGCGAAGAAGCGGCUCUCGUACCCUACAACGGCAGGUAAGGUAAGAAUAUAAUACCGUCAUGUGCUCAAAUGGCGGAUAAUAAUGUCCUGCUUAAGACACAAAGAAGAGAAACGGAGGAAUGGAGGAAAGAGUAGUAGAAGCGGUAGAAAAGAGCUGUAACAUAAAGAAGACUGCAAAGAAUGGUGGCUGCGACGGUGGUGGUUAAAAACGAACAGAGAUUUGAGCGGCCAUUCGAGCUUUUUUCAUUAAAAAAAUAUUAUUUGUACAUUAAAUACA